AUGAAGUCCAACCGAAAGACCCAAAUCGCCCUCUUUCCGGCUCGCUAUGCUCGUGAGAAUGCUACUGUAACAGAUCAUAAGGUACACCCUUCAACUGAUACGUCAGCAACGAACGAUAACUUGCAGAUCGCACCACAGCAAGAGAAGGCGAAACAUCAAGCCAUGUUUACAGACAAAGCACAGGCCAUCGUCCGCUCGCAAAGAGGCCCUUUCUCGGUCCGCACAACGGACGUCGAAUGGGGCUCGCCGUGGAAAGACUAUCAGGAGCAAUUCAAGCUACACGAUCUCUGGGACAGUCUGAUAGUGGCUGUGGGACAGGGAAAACUGGUCCACAUCAAGGAAAUGGCUCCGCUAGAGUCCAAAGACGCUCUAUCAAAGUUCAGAAUCCUCCGCCACAAGAACAUCAUCGAGUUUAUCCACGCGUACAUGACAGAUUCCUGCCUGUACGCCGUCUUCGAGCCAACGGCGUUCAGCCUCCUUCACUUGGCUCUAUGCCCAAGAUAUCCUGACGAAUCCCAGCUAGGUGCCAUAGUCGGCCAGGUCGCAGACGGACUCAGCUAUCUAGAGAGCCAAGGGUUUGAACAUCCCUCGCUCGACAACAGCAAAAUAGUGGUGACCGAUAGGGGAUUGGUGAAGAUUGGCAAGUAUAUUUUCAGCAUCCGAAGAAACAGGAGUCGCAUGCCUAUUAGGCUCUUGAUCUGGCGUCUGACAUGA